AUUAGAGCUCACAAGCCCAUCCUGUGACAUGGAAUGUAGGAGUCAGGAUUACAGCCGGCCCUUGAAGCUAGAGUUACAGCGCUGCUGAUGUUGGAAGGAGGGAUGCAGGUGGGAAAAAGAAAGAACAGACAAGCAAACACCUCCGAACAACAAGUGCAGCUUAGUAAAGACAAAACCAGGCUAACGAGGUGUGUUUCAAGAAGGCCAUGAAGAGGAUCCAAGAAUUCCAAAAGUCCAGCUGCUGACUCACAACUGGACCCCUGCUCUGACCAUCUGUCGCUGGCCACUGACAGCCUCGUCCCGGGCAGCUGGAUCAUUUCUCAGAGUCUUAAUUUGAUGGAGUGGCUGCAAGAGCGCUACUCGCACCAGAGGGCAAAAGAGGGAGGCAGGGAAACGGAGAUGAGGGUCACCCUGCAGAAACUCUGAUAGAUGGGACGCCCAGUGUGGACAAACAUCUCACUCAGAGAUGGACUGAAGCUGCAUCUUCAUGAGCUGGCAGAGAUGAAGGAACAGCCUGAAGAGCAAAAACUUUAGGACGGUCUUUGUGCUCAAAUAGAAAAUGGAUUAACCUUAGAGUUUUUUUUAGGUCUCACUUCCCAGAUGAUGGAAAUUAUUUCUUCCUUAGAGGUGAGCAGCUGAUAAGGACAUUAAAAAAAAGAUACCACUUUACUCUCGCUUUGGUCCUCAGAGCACUCUGGGACAUCUCACCUGAAAGUCUCCUUCUAAGCAAGCUGUCUCAACUUACAUCUGGAACAUUCAGCCGGCAGCACAAAAGCAACGGUGGAAAACCACAUUUUUUUAUUUGCCUUGUUCCUCUUUUUCCUCUUCCUCAUUCUCUGGCACCUGCUCAUCUCCAUCACUUCCAUUCUCCUCCUCCUCCUCCUUCCCUCCUCCCCUUGUACCAGCGAGCGAUAAUGUGACCUUCUGCCAAAGUGCGGGAAACCAUGCCACCGUCGCAGCGGGCUCGACUGUUGCUGCUACUGAAAUAGACUCAAACAAGUGCAGGGAGAGGAAGAGGAAGAGGGGAGGGCGAGGAAGAGAAGAAGGGCCAAAAGGGAGAAAAAAGAACAAAGAGAAAAAAGGGAAAAGAGACAACCUGGAAAAAGCACAGCUGAAGGCGUAGAGACGGGAUGAGUGGUGACGAGGCAGGGCUAAAUGUGGAUUUUCAUCACAGCUGUUACAUUAAAUACUUGACACCAUCUGUCCUGUUGGCCUGCUGAGUCCAACAACAGCUGCUGCCCGGAGAUGCAAUAGCUCCAUUUUAACUGGAAACACUUCAAAAACAUCCUCUUGGACUCUGUUAACAGGCAGUUUCGAUAAGGCUCAAGGACCGGCACUCCAAGCUAAGUUAAAAAAAAGGGUUGACAAUACUAGGACUGUUCACAACUCCAGAAAGAACCAUGACGUUCUCUAACUCACUUACAAACCUUCCUCUACUCUGACCCCCUUUAGGCAGUAGGUGACAGAGAUGGAUGUUCGUCCAGGCUGCUGGAGCGACUCUCCAUGGUGGCCGCCACCACUGCUGCUGCUGUUCUGCACCAUUCCAUUCAGUUUGGGUCGGCCCUUCGGGUUUCCCACGCCCUCCGUAAACGUGGCAGUGGUGUUCAGCGGCCCGGCCUAUCAGACGGAAAUAAAGGGGCGACUCAGUCGAGAAAACUUCAUGGACCUGCCUCUAGAGGUGAACCCUAUCACGGUGCUGGUCAACAACACAAACCCACGGGCUCUCCUCACCCGCAUCUGUGACACCCUCUCCACCAACCGCGUCCACGGCAUGGUGUUUGAGGACAGCAUCGGGUCAGAAGCAGUGGCACAGAUCUUGGACUUCAUAUCCACCCAGACAGCCGUUCCCAUCGUGGGGAUCAGUGGAGGCUCAGCUGUCGUCCUGCCAUACAAGAGCGAGGGCUCCAACUUUCUUCAACUGGGAUCCUCAAUCGAGCAGCAGAUCAACGGCAUGUUUAAGGUGAUGGAGGAGUACAACUGGGACAGCUUUGUAGUCAUAACCAGUCUGUACCCAGGUUAUGAAACCUAUGUGGAUUACAUCAAGUCUUUCACCGACACCAGCUACUUCAUGUGGGAUCUCCAGGAUGUUUUGUCGUUUGACAUGUCUGCUGACAGCUUGAACGAUAUACGAGCAAGAAGAUUGCUGCAACAAAUAGACUCACAGGUGCUGUUGGUCUACUGUUCCCACGAAGAGGCCCAGUACUUGUUUUCCUUAGCGACCGAGGCUGGGCUUGUGGGUCCAGGCUACAUCUGGAUUAUCCCCAGCAUGGCUGUGGGAAACCCGGACAUCCCUCCACCUGAUAGCUUUCCUGUGGGGCUCAUCAGCAUCAUUACAGACCGCUGGCGGAUGAGCCUGAGGAAAAGGGUGAGGGACGGGGUGGCCAUUGUGGUGAAAGGCGUCAAAAGCUUUAGGAAACAACGAGGCUUUGUUCCCGAGGUCCACAGUGACUGUCACAACCCUGUGAAGACAUCAGCUACUAAUGAUACUCUGUUCAGACACAUGCUGAAUGUAACAUGGGAGCACAAUGACUUCUCCUUCAACAGUAACGGCUAUCUGGUGAAUCCAGCCAUGAUAGUCAUCACGCUGGACAGGGAGAGGCAGUGGGACAAGGUGGGCACCUAUGAGAUGGGGAUCCUGCAGAUGAGAUACCCUGUUUGGCCCCGUUUUGGUUCUUACCUGGAACCGGUGUCAGACUACAGACACUUGACAGUGGCCACCCUGGAGGAGCGUCCUUUUGUUAUUGUAGAAUCAGUUGACCCUGUGACUGGAACAUGUGUUAGCAACACCGUACCCUGCCGCCGACAGUCCAACAAGACAGAGACUAUUGUGGGUCACACAGAGCCAUACACAAAACUGUGCUGUAAAGGCUUCUGCAUUGACAUCCUGAAGAAACUGUCCCGCACCAUAAAGUUCUCCUACGACUUAUACCUGGUCACAAACGGCAAGCAUGGCAAGCUGGUCCGAGGAAUAUGGAACGGGAUGAUUGGAGAGGUGUUUUACAAACGGGCAGACAUGGCCAUCGGCUCGCUGACCAUAAAUGAAGAGCGUUCAGAGAUUAUUGACUUCUCAGUGCCAUUUGUGGAGACGGGAAUCAGUGUGAUGGUGGCUAGAAGUAACGGAACUGUCUCUCCAUCUGCGUUUUUGGAACCAUACAGUCCAGCCGUUUGGGUGAUGAUGUUUGUCAUGUGUCUGACAGUUGUGGCCAUCACAGUCUUUGUCUUUGAAUACUGCAGUCCAGUUGGGUAUAAUCGCAGCCUGGUCAGUGCCAAAGAUCCCGGAGGUCCAACUUUCACCAUUGGAAAGUCAGUUUGGCUGCUGUGGGGAAUUGUCUUCAAUAAUUCUGUUCCUAUUGAGAAUCCAAAGGGCACCACGAGUAAGAUCAUGGUCCUGGUCUGGGCUUUCUUUGCUGUUAUUUUCUUGGCUUCCUACACAGCCAACUUGGCCGCCUUCAUGAUCCAGGAGCAGUACAUCGACACUGUCUCUGGGCUGAGUGACAAAAAGUUCCAGAAGCCCCAGGAGCAGUAUCCUCCGUUCCGCUUUGGUACAGUCCCAAAUGGCAGCACAGAGCGCAACAUUAGGAGUAACUACCCGGAAAUGCACUCCCACAUGGUCAAGUACAACCAGAAGGGAGUUGAGGAUGCCCUGAACAGCCUUAAAACAGGGAAACUGGAUGCCUUUAUUUAUGAUGCUGCAGUGCUGAAUUACAUGGCUGGUAAAGAUGAGGGAUGCAAACUGGUGACCAUUGGGAGUGGGAAAGUGUUUGCUACUACUGGCUAUGGCAUCGCCCUGCAGAAGGAUUCACGCUGGAAACGACCCAUCGACCUUGCACUUCUGCAGUUCCUGGCUGAUGGUGACACGCAGAAGCUGCAGACAGUGUGGCUCACGGGCAUCUGCCGUAACGAAAAGAAAGAGGUGAUGAGCAGUAAGCUGGACAUCGACAACAUGGCGGGAGUCUUCUACAUGCUGCUUGUGGCUAUGGGCCUGAGCCUGCUGGUCUUUGCCUGGGAACAUCUGCUUUACUGGAAACUUCGACAUUCAGUUCGCAAAUCAGAGCGACUCAACUUCCUUCUAGCUAUCAGCAGAGGAAUCUACAGCUGCUUCAAUGGAGUAGAGCAAACUGACCACAACGGGAGCAUGCCGAGUCCAGACGUCACUUCCAACUACACGCAGGCCAACAUGCUUAAGAUGCUGAAGACAGCCAAGGACAUGGUGUCCUCUGCCAGAGUGGAGAACUCCCUGGACAGUGCCACCAAAACAAUAGAAAACUGGAGCAGACGUGGACCCGACAAUGUGCGAGCUGGCCCAUCGCCCAGAGUUACAACCACAGACACGACCCAUGGCCGUCUGCCUUAUAUCUCAAGCAUUACAGACAACCAUUCUCCAUACCCCCAGAGGGCCAUUACACCAACAUUUCCAGUGCAUUAUGGUGACACCACCGCUCAACACCUCCUGGAAAAGCCCAGGGUGGUACCCCGGCCGACACCUCUUCGGUACACGUUGCCUGCUCGCAGCACUCAGCAUCCCUUAGAAAGAACUCUGCCUAUCUCCAGCCUGAGCAGUCCGCACAUCGCCAUCAGAGAUCCCGCUCCACCCAGUACAUCAAAUCCCCAUCACAACAGCAGGCUGUAUGUGGAGAACCAAGUCCGGCACCCAACAUCUCCUUUUGCUCCCUACAGAGAAAUCCAGGCACCUGACAUCUACAUGGAGCACAAAGGACCCCUGAGGAGGAAGUUCAGCUAUCCUCCUGACUGUGUGAGCCGCAAAAGAAAGUCCUUUACCUACGGGUUCGAUGCAGCAGACCCCAGAGGAAGGUGCAACUAUGACGAACCUCGAUUUUGCUUUGCUGAGCUGAGGGCUAAUCAUCUCCUAAACAACCACACACCUGACGCACCUGCCAUGGCAUGCACUGCAGGACACUACCCUGGCAGCAGCACUAGCUGUAACUCCUGUAUGAAGUCUUACCUGGAGCCUGAUAUGGAUGACAUACCACUCUUGGGAAAGGACAAACUAAAUCGGCGUGCCUCAUUCCUCAAAGCCACAUGGGGCAGUGACAGAGUCCGUCAGGUGGAUGAAACAAAGCCUUCCACAUCCACGUCUGCCUCUGCCCGUCCUGAUAUGCCUGACUUAUUUCCACGAGUGGUUUGUCCUAAUCUAAAGCCGCCCAAGCUGUACGGCAGUUUGGGGCACAAUCUGUCCUGCUACCCCGUGGCUGCUGAGCCAGCCUACUUAGACCCGGCUCAUAUGGGCUCUUACCCCUACAAGCAAAAGCUCAAGUGUUCUGAGUCCACCCGACUGCCCUCCUACAGGGAGGCCCUUCUCCAGAAUGCUGCUGCCCUGCGCCGUUCCUCCUCCUCCACAGUGGUGCACAGACAUUACUCCACCUACCUGAACUCAUACACAGAUUUACCGGUGUAUGUGGGGCCACUGGCACAGGGACCAUCCCAGUUCUACAACACCUCAAAGAACAUGUGCCACUUGUUCCCAUGCACCAGCCACUGCUCAGAUAGAGCAGCAAUGAUGCCUCGUAUGAGUGACAGACCAGUGGUUUUCCACAACAAUAUGUUUGGAGCCUACCAUGGCCCAGGGAAGCCAGAAGACCUGACGUCUGGGAGCAGAGAGCGGAGGCAGGUGUUGGUGGCACAAAGAGUUAACAGUCCCUAUGUGCCAAAGCCCUGGGGCAGGGUAUCGAGCCUGGAGUCCGAGGUCUGAACCACUUAUCUUACUGGGCGUUCAUUUGGCGCACUGACUAACUCCCUCUGAGGAGAAAACUGUCUGGGGGGUCUCCCCUUAGCCUCCAGUCAAAGCAAAAAUGAAACUUUACACCAAUAGUGUAUUUGAGAGUGUUUUCUCUCCGUUAUCAGUGCAAUAAUAUCUUGUGCGGCAAAAGUGUAAAAAAGGGUGAAAUAAAAAGCAAAACACUGCUGGGACUUUGUAGGCCAAACUCAAAACUAUUCAAAAAUAUUGAAUACAUCCGAAUUUAAUCUACUGAUUGUUCUAUAAAGAAUUUUUAAACGCUGUUACUGUGUACAACUUUUUGGGAGACAAUAUACUGCAGCCUCCCAGUCUGACUACAACUUAAGAUGUUUUUUUUUUCUAAUUUAUUUAACUAUCCAUCACGCCAAUUAACUAAUAAAUUAAAAAAGAUAAUUUCGUGAUUUAACCACGGAUGUCUUCCAUAAUUUUUUAAGUCCUCAACCUUGGGUGCAUUAAGACUUUCCGGUCAUUAGUAUAAUGGCACAGCACUUCUAAAGCAAGAUAAUACUGUAUAAAACAUCAUGUGUAGCUCCAUUGUUACCAUACCCUUUAAUAAAGAACAAGGCUAUCUCAAGAGUCUUUUGGAAUCAUCGUCACUCUUCUUUAUCUGUACGCUCUCAUUUAAAUGCAUUUGGUGUGUUCUGUGAUAUGGUUUCAACGAUGUCAGCUCACAUUGAUAAAUGACCAUGAGAUUGCAGUGUUUAGAUAAGACUGACAGUGGAUUCAUAGACCUCUUGACACGUGACACUCUCAAGAUCCUGCCCCCAGCUUCCGGCUGGGGUGCCUCCCCACUGGCCACCAUUAUUAUCUGUGUCUAUUCACAUUUUUCACACUUUUCACACAGUGACGUUACGUUUUUCAGAUGAUAAAAUAAGCUGAAGGCAGGUUAACAGCCAUGAAGAGAGCUUGUCGUAGCCAAGGUCUCAUGACGGAAUAGAAAUGUAAAAGAAUCUGCCUCUCGUUCAAAGUGUAUAAUCAACUAUUUUUCAAACUCCUCACAUUGGAUUUGUCUUCUGAACAGUCUGAACAUGUUUUAGAAGGAGACGUGUGUGACGCGUCAAAAAAACUGGCACCUGCUCAGGCCCACCCACAACGUCGCGGCUGCUGUGGCUCCCAGUACUGUGGGAAACGGGUAAUAAUGGCUCUUUGAUUGGAAAAGGUUGCCGACCCCUGUCCUAGAGGACCUGCCAGUCAGGUUUAACCCAACGCUUGUAUUUUCACAUUUGGGUUCGCAGACACGCUGCAAUCCUUCUCUGCUGCUGCUGGAUACUCUCAUCUUCUCUGUUGUCAGCCCUGCUCUCAGCUCCAUUUUUGUAUUUUCUGGGAGUGAUGAGCCGUGUGACACGGCCAAGAUGGCGGUUGUGGGAGCCGUCCACUGGGCUUCAAUCCAGCUCUUCAAAAACAUAGGGGUGAGUAGCGUAGGAGUGGUUGUCCAUCUUAUAUUUGCAGUCAUGGAUUUAUACCUAAUUACUUAACUUUGUUUAUACUUGUGUUUCUCUGCAAAUCAAUAGACCUGUUAAAGAAACAUGAUAAUACACCGAUCAUUUUGAGUUUAAGGCUCAUUUUCAGUUUCAAAGCCCAGGUUUACGAUCGGAGAGGUCCUAACGUCCUUCCUAGCAGACCAGACCGCACAAGGUAUGAUUAUCUGAUGAGAUCAUCUUUAGGGCCUUUACAAUGAAUAUGCACAUCCUUAAGAUGGUCAGACGGGAAGGAGCUGGUCAAAAAUUGGAACGAUAGCCGGCCAGAGCUGAAGGAGCUCUGAUCCAUUGAUCCAUCUCUCCUCCACCCUAUCAGACACCACAGUACAGGCGUUUAGUAGUUUACAUCAAUUUGCUUAACAGAAAAAAUGUCAGACUCCGUUCUAUUUUUAAUGUUACACUAAACUUAGAAAAAAAUAAGUUUAGCAACAAAUCAAAACAUAGAUGAGUUUCGUCUUUAAUCGCCAUCAUAGUGGUGAUUCAUCACAAAUGCCUUGUCAACACGUUUUUAAAGACCAAUAAUUCCCCUGAUUCAUCUGCUGUUGGGUCAUCGCUCUAAGCUUUAUUCAUGCUGGUGAACUUUUAUCCCUGCUUCUCAUUUUUGGGUCGAUUGAGACACAAACAGGAACAUGAUGUGGAUCAGAUGUUCAUGUAUUCUGCGUUGCUCUGUGAUACCUGCAGAAUUGAUGAGUGCUGGCUGAUUGCACUGCAGAUGAUAAAUGAUUCUGCACAAGCUCAUAAAAUAUAGCUGGCAAUUUGUCGUCCAAUGUCCAAAGUGUGCAGCCACACAGCUGCACACAUAGAUGUGCACUGCAGUGUUCCUGAACUAGAUCCUGCUGAAGGAAUCAAAAAUCAGAGCUUUAUUUGGUUCUGAUCUCUCUGGCAACACACUGAACAGUUAGAUGUUGAGCUGUUCAAAGAGUUAAUACAGGACAACACUAAAAGACGCUUUGCUUUUCUAAUGAAGAAAAUACUGAUUGAAAGAGUCUCCAAAAUACAGAACAAGCCAAGAUUAGGAAGUUUUUUCAACCUUUAUCCAAUGAUUGGGAUUGUCUAAAACAAGAUCAUAACAUUUUAACCUUCUGAGGCAAAUAAUCAGAAACAUCUGACUUCAAAUAUUUCCUAAUAAAAUAAACAAAUACAACUAAAAAGCUCAG